AUGGAACUAGUGAGUGUUUAUAAAAAUGACAACCACGAGACUUGCAGCAAGUACAAUGAGAUGGGACUGGACAGAGAUGGAGAUACUUAUGCAAACAAGGACCGAAAACUCAGCUACACUGAAGCAAGAGCUCGAAACCACAGAGUUCUGCAUAUCAAGCUCACGGCAGAGAGAGAAGUACAAGCUACACACAUGUUACAGUCCAGUUCAAGAGAUCAAACAGAGAAAGACCUGUUACAGAACAGCUUCAACUCUUUGAGUCAGAAGAAACUGGAGCUGGACUCCAGAGUCAAAGAUCUCACAGCUGAGAAAAGCCAGUUACAGAACAACUUCAACUCUUUGAGUCAGAAGAAACUGGAGCUGGACUCCAGAGUCAAAGAUCUCACAGCUGAGAAAAGCCAGUUACAGAACAACUUCAACUCUUUGAGUCAGAAGAAACUGGAGCUGGAGACCAGAGUCAAAGAUCUCACUGCUGAGAAAAUCCACUUACAGAACAACUUCAGCUCUUUGAGUCAGAAGAAACUGGAGCUGGACUCCAGAGUCAAAGAUCUCACAGCUGAGAAAAGCCAGUUACAGAACAACUUCAACUCUUUGAGUCAGAAGAAACUGGAGCUGGACUCCAGAGUCAAAGAUCUCACUGCUGAGAAAAGCCAGAUACAGAACAACUUCAACUCUUUGAGUCAGAAGAGACUGGAGCUGGAGACGAGAGUCAAAGAUCUCACUGCUGAGAAAAGCCAGUUACAGAACAACUUCAACUCUUUGAGUCAGAAGAAACUGGAGCUGGAGACGAGAGUCAAAGAUCUCACUGCUGAGAAAAGCCAGUUACAGAACAACUUCAACUCUUUGAGUCAGAAGAAACUGGCUUUAGAAAGAAGAGUCACUUCUCUGAGUGAGGAACUGAAGAAAGAAUCAUCUAAACAAGGUUGGGUUUUCAUGUCCAAUGAGGAGAAGAGCUGGUCUGACAGCAGACAGUACUGCAGGGAUCAUGGAGCUGAUCUGAUCAUUAUCAACACUGAAGAGAAGCAGAGGUUCAUAUCUUCAUUCACCACGGAGAGAGUGUGGAUUGGUUUGUCUGACACAGAGCAGGAGGGCAACAUGAAAUGGGUGGAUAAUUCACUGCUGAAUAGAGGGUUCUGGCUCCCAGGUGAGCCGAAUGACCAACAUAGUCAUGAGGACUGUAUUGAAAUGAUGCCUUCAAAUCCGGUCCUGAACAACUGGAAUGAUCUGCCAUGUUCAGAGAAGAGAAAAGGUGUUUGUGAGAAAUAGGGUUCAUCCCAUCUUGUCAUGGUUUUGCUUCUAUAUAUAAUAUAAUCAUUCUUAUU